AUGUCGGCAGUCAGGGUGGUGAUGGACUCCAUGGCGGUGAUGUCGCUCACGACACUCAAGCUCGAUAUCUUCAGAACCAUCUUCGACACUUGCGUUGAAAUGUCCUAUGAUAUGGCGCCGACGGUGCGAGCGGCGACGAUGAUGGCGUCUCUGGCUGUUGUUCGUCCUGAGCUGCUUGAAGAUGUUCCAAUUCCAUACAAAUAA